AUGAAAAACGGUACGGGUAUUGGUGUUCUUGAACUUAUGCAAGGGUUCCCCGUGCAACACCGUGACAGCGUCAACCUCGCUGGCGCUGUCGUGGCGGUAUUCAUUGCUUCACUCAUUAGUCUAGUUCUGUAUCGGCUCUAUUUUCAUCCGCUCCGAUCACUUCCUGGACCCCUUAUAGCUAAAGUCACGAGUUUCUACAAUACGUUCCAUAUCGUUAAGUGUGACGAGGCUCGCAAUAUGCACGUGUUGCACGAGCGCUAUGGCCAAGUAGUACGAUAUGGCCCCAAUCACGUCAGUAUUCGAAGUCCAGAAGCAGUGCGAAAGCUCUACACUGUCAGCACGCAUACAAGAAAGGCGGAUUCCUAUCUUGCAUUCCCACGGGAUCCCAACAAAGCAAGUUUGUUUUCGGCUAUAGAUAAGGGUGUACAUGCGCGUAAACGACGGAUUCUUCGCUACGGAUUUUCAGAUUCAGCUCUAAAGGAUGCCGAGUCUAUCGUAAAGAAGUAUGUUUCAAUUUUAUGUAAAUGCUUAGAGUUUCUCGAUGACGACGAUGGGGAGGGGCGAUCUGCCCAUGAGAAGACCGCUACAUGGGCAUGGAGCACACCUAAGAACUUCUCCACCUGGAUCAACCGAUAUUCUUUUGAUCUGUCAAGCCAUUUAUCCCUUUCUCGGUCUUUUAGCAUGAUGGAAUCGUCACAAAACAGAAACAUGGUAGACAUCAUCCACGAGAACAUGUGGGCUGAGAACGUGACCGGAUCUUCCAUUCGAAUCCUCCAGCAGUGGAAACUCAAGAAGCUUCUAUACAAAUCUAUCUCGUCUUCCAAACCCUUCGAUGAUUUUGUUGAAGAGGGAGCGACAGCUCGUGUUCGAGCCAAAUUGGAUGGCAUAGACAAACAUACAAAAGACUUUGUAUUUUGGCUCACUGAUAGAUUGGAUGGGGACUCUAAUGAGCAUCUCUCAAUGGACGAACUCAAAGAAGAGAUUAUUCUCUUAAUAACAGCAGGUGGUGACACAUCUUCCACAACGAUAUCUGCUGCUAUGUAUUAUCUGCUCCACUCUGAGUCGAAACUGCAGAGGCUACAAAAAGAGAUCCGAAGCGUCUUUGCCAGUGCGGAAGAUAUCUCAUUUGCCAACGGUACCGGUUCUUGUGUUUAUCUACGAGCCUGUAUCGAUGAGGCAUUGAGGUUGGCGCCGCCCGCUGGUUCUGUUUUACGACGACAGGUCGAGCCAGGAGGUGUUGUGGUGGGAGAGUUCGUAUAUCCCUCUGGCACCAAUAUAGGCGUUCCUGUCUUUUCUAUGCACCACGAUGCAUCGUAUUUUCCCGAUCCUUUUAUGUUUCAACCUGAGCGCUGGAUCCCCGGAGAAACAUUAGCUGACGGUACUAUCGUUUCUGUAGAGAUGGUAAAGCGAGCUUCUAGCGCGUUUCUACCUUUUAGCGCCGGCACUAGGAGUUGCAUUGGUAGGCCGCUAGCUUACAUGCAAAUGCAGGUUCUCUAUGCAACUUUAUUGUGGAAAUAUGAUGUACGGCUAUGCAGAGAACGUUGGUUGAAUGGGAAGAAGAGCGGAUUGGGGUUGGAUCAGACCAAGGAAUACGAACUAGCGGAUAUUUUCACAUCCUGGAAAGACGGCCCGCUUGUUGAAGUGAAAAGAAGGAUGUAA